UUGGUCAGGUACUCUACUGCACAAACACAAGUGCACGUCAGCCAUUGACCGGGCGGAUCUACCCAAUUUUAGAGGCGGGCCGCAGAGAGCACAGACAUUAGUUACUCCAUUCACACUAUCAUCCCAUCCCUUAUGAAUCACUAGAGAACCUGCUGGAGUCAUCUUCUCCGGCUUUCCCCCAUCCAAGCUUGCUUUGUUUUCUGAUUUGCUCCAAACGGGAGGUGCUUGGCAGCAAAGGGUGAAGUGUCUGGUGAAUGUGAAAGAUUUUCCAAAUAUUAUCAUUCGCUUAGCCCAGUCAACUGUAGGAAAUCAAAUUGUCAAGAAAAAUUCUUUUUGUAGUUUGAAGAAUAUCGUGGUGGUAUUAGGAAGACUGAGGUGAAGACCCCUCACUGUUUACUGCAGUGCAGCUUCUGUUGGGUGAGGUUUUUGGUGCUGAGUUUGUUUUGGAUAGCUUCCCAGGUUCAUGUGCUUACUUCCAUUUUGAAUUUUGGGAUUGGUUAGUCGAUGCACAAGUGCACGUUAGCUGUUGACUGGGCGGAUCUACCCAAAUUUACAGGCGGAGAGCAAAAACACUAGUUACAACUUACAACUACUAGUCCCCUCUCAACUCCACACCACAAUCAAUGGCUGACCCCAACCUCUCCUUGCUCUCUCUCCUCCUCCUCCUCCCUCUCGCUCUCCUCCUCCUCCUCUACCUCAUCGUCCGCCCCCGCCCCGCCACUGUCCCAAUCAAGAACCGCCACGUCUUCAUCACCGGUGGAUCCAGCGGCAUCGGCCUCGCCCUGGCCCACCGUGCUGCCUCCGAGGGCGCCAGAGUCUCCAUCCUUGCACGCUCUCUCGACAAGCUUGAGGAGGCCAAGAACUACAUCCAGCUCUCCACUGGCAUAGACGUCGCUGUCUUUGUGGCCGACGUUCGUGACUAUGACGCCGUUUCCAAGGCGGUCGAGGCGGCGGGCCCGAUUGACGUGUUAGUAGUCAACCAGGGAGUGUUUGUCCCCGGGGAGUUGGAGAAGCAGGGAUUGGAUGAGGUCAGGUUCAUGGUGGACAUCAAUUUGAUCGGUAGCUUUAACGUGAUCAAAGCUGCCUUGCCGGGAAUGAAGGACAGGAAGGACCGCGGACCGGGUUCGAUUGCUCUGAUGUCGUCGCAGGCUGGUCAGGUUGGGAUUUACGGCUACACGGCUUAUUCCGCUAGCAAAUUUGGGCUUCGGGGUUUGGCUGAAGCUCUGCAGCAAGAGGUCAUUGCGGACGACAUUCACGUUUCACUAAUUUUCCCUCCGGAUACUGACACUCCUGGACUCACUGAAGAAACUAAGAAGAGGCCGCAGCUGACCAGCAUUAUCGCGGAAUCCUCUGGUGCAAUGAAAGCUGAGGAAGUUGCUAAGAAAGCUUUGGAUGGAAUCAAGUCUGCGUCUUUUAUUGUACCUUGCAACUUUGAAGGGCUUUUGUUGUCUAUUGCCACUGCCGGGUUGUCGCCUCAGAGAUCGUUCAUUAUGGCAUUUGUGGAGGUGGUUGCUGCUGGUAUAAUACGUAUUGCUGCCCUGGGUUUUCAGUGGAAUUGGUAUACAAGUAUACACAAGUGGCAUGGACAAAACAAAAGUACCUGAAGUUCUUGCUGCUUGAUUUGGGUACUUGGUGGAUUUCAGCUGUUGAAUUAUAGCGCUGAACGAAGUUUGCUCGGAGAAGAACUUCAAUUUUUGAUUAUGAUGCUUUCAUGGAGUUUUAGAAUUUUAGACACCGGGAAGCCGAAUUAUAUCUUCAAACUUUCAGUUUAGGCUUUGAAUUCCAUUUUGUUUAGAUUAUCGCGUUUAUUGACCCAGAACGAAUGUAACUCCUAUAAGGGUAUUGAUAAUCGAAGUGUGUAGCGAUAAUUUGAAAUGA